UCCAAACCCUAGUUUUCUUAAACUACUGUUUCAGAGACUAGAAUGGAUGAAAAUGUGGCUAAAGAGAAUUUGCUGAAAAGAAUGAAUGAAAAUGAGGUUCCCGAGCUCCCGAAGAAAAGAUUCUACCGACAAAGGGCGCACUCUAAUCCCAUAGCUGAUCAUUGCUUUGACUACCCUCUAUCACCGGCGCAGAUGGACUGGUGCGAGCUGUACCCAGAGAAGGGUUCAAGGGAGGUUGAGUUUGCUGAUAUAGGUUGCGGAUACGGUGGUCUUCUUAUUCAGCUCAGUCCUAUGUUUCCUGAGUCUCUUAUGCUUGGUAUGGAGAUUAGAGUCAAGGUAUCAGAUUAUGUACGGGACAGGAUAUCAGCUCUGAGAUUACAGAAACCGGGAGAGUUUACAAAUGUUGCCUGUAUCCGGAGUAACGCGAUGAAAUAUCUUCCAAACUUUUUCCGCAAGGGUCAACUCACGAAAAUGUUUUUCCUGUUCCCCGAUCCUCACUUCAAGAAGGCGAAACACAAGUGGAGAAUUAUUAAUGAAACUCUACUGGCAGAAUAUGCUUAUGUUCUCAGGGCUGGUGGCAAAAUUUACACAGUGACAGAUGUUCAUGAUCUGUUCGAGUGGAUGACGAAGCAUCUGACCGAGCAUCCUCUCUUCCAGAGGAUCGAGGAUGCCGAGAUGAAGGAGGAUCCUGUGGUCGAGAAACUAUUCGAAUCCUCCGAGGAAGGGCAGAAGGUGACGAGGAACGAGGGGGAGAAAUGGUGCGCCGUGUUCCGACGGAUUCCUGAUCCUAAUCUUUGAUUCCAAUAUUUUCUAUAUUUUCAGA